AUGGGGGUCAGAGAGAGAGAUGGGGAGACAGGUGAGUGGUUACUCACAUACUACAUGCAAGUGACAUAAUAAUUACCCCUGGGUUACUGACUGACAGGUGAGUGGUUACUCACAUACUACAUGCAAGUGACAUAAUAAUUACCCCUGGGUUACUGACUGACAGGUGAGUGGUUACUCACAUACUACAUGCAUGUGAAAUAAUAAUUACCCCUGGGUUACUGACUGACAGGUGAGUGGUUACUCACAUACUACAUGCAUGAGACACAAUAAUCACCCCAUGGUUACUGACUGACAGGUGAGUGGUUACUCACAUAACAGACCGGUAAAUAGCUCCCACGCUGUUUUGUUUUCCGCACUUCCUGGAAGUGUUAGUUGACGUCACUAUACGUCAUUAAUGUGCGUGAGUGGGCGUGAUAUGAUGCUUCAGCAAGUUUAGGUAGUGACACAGCAGCACGGUGAUUGGACAUGACUUAGCAUCUGGGCGUGGCCUCUUGGUGUUGUGGUACCAUGCACGGGCUGUGAUUGGCUAUUGUUUGGCACAUGGGGUAGCUAGUGUUUUGCCGCUCGGACAUUUCCUGCUAGUGAUUGGUCGGCAGGCCCGCAGUGGGCGUGGUCUAGAUUGUCAGGACGUGUUGUGUUACCGGUUGUCACAGCUCAGUAUAAGACCGUGCUAUGGAGCAUUCUGUCAGGCUUUACGUGUACGACCUGUCCCGGGGCCUGGCCCGCCGCCUCAGCCCCGUUAUGCUGGGGAAACAGCUGGAGGGAAUCUGGCACACAUCCAUCGUUGUGUUUAACGAGGAGUUUUUCUACGGUGGCGGCGGCAUCACCAGCUGUGUGCCAGGCUGCACGAUGCUUGGAGAGCCAGACACGGUUGUAGACCUUGGUAACACUGAAGUGACAGUAGAUAUCUUCCUGGAAUACCUGUCUUCGCUCGGGGAGUCUGGAUUCAGUGGAGAGGCGUACCACCUGUUUGAUCACAACUGCAACACCUUCAGCAACGAGGUGGCUCAGUUCCUGACCGGGAGGAAAAUCCCCUCAUACAUCACAGAGCUGCCAUCCGAGGUCUUAUCCACGCCAUUUGGACAAGCCUUACGCCCCUUCCUGGACUCUGUGCAAAUUCAGCCGCCCGGAGGCAACAGUUUUAACAGACAAAGUGGACCAAGCUAACCGUCUCCUUUACCCCCCGAACCCUGCGUGGGCAGUGCCCUCGCUUUUUAACUUAACUACAGUUUUCUAGAAUCUGUUCCUGACCAUAAGUGUUUGUUUCAUUCCACUAAGAUCACAUCAUAGGGUCUUGCUCAGAAGCCCUGGAACCACAUAUAUUUUUUUUUUAUCAUGAAAUGCUAUACUGUAAUGGAAAAAAUCUAUUUAAGAUAUAUAUUUUUUAAUUCUGAAAGGUUCUGUGACACCAACUGUGGGACACGUGUGCACUAGUGCGUAUAUAUAUAUAUAUAUAUACUGUGUAUGUGUGUGUGUAUAUGUGUGUGUGUGUGUGUAUAUAUAUAUAUAUAUAUAUAUAUCUCAAAUUUAGCAAGCACUGAGUUUUUAAUUGAAUGUGCAGGAGCUGAGCACUGAUUGAGGUAGAAAGAAAUCAAUAAAAUGCCAAAAUAUACAUAUUUUAUCCUGCUGCACUUUAUAACUCUGUGUUACAGGGAGCCGACAGGUAGAAUUGAAGCAUUUCCUUUCUGAGUCACUGUCAUUAUGACCCGUUGUGACAUGGGGCGAUCCUUUACACCUGUGUAUGGCUUCUUGAGGACUGGAAUAGACAAAUACUGCACAACAACAAGGGGUUUAAAUCUUUUGUUUUACAGCUUGGAAUCCCUCUUUUUAGGCAGAUUUUCCAUCACAUCUUCUGGCACUGUGCCCUGGGGUGUUUAGAAGUUUAGAAUUUAAUGUUCCAAAGAAGGUUCCACUGAUUUAAUAGUUUUGUUACUGUCUCUGUAGAAUAAGACUAUCCUGGUACAGCUCGGAUGCCACAUUACUGUGUACAGCUCCGUGCUGUUGUUUAUGGGGCAGCUAGGCGCACUUUGUAGAUCUGGGCUCACACGCCCCCUGUAUAAUAUUGUGAGCACGUGGCACCAGUGACUGCCAGUACAUGUUGUUAUUGGGCAGCACCACUUUAUGCAUUUGACCUCUGCUCUCUCAACUGUAAUCAGAGCUCAAGGUCCAGGCAAACAGGAUGUUAUUCUGCGAGUGGCAGCCUGGGUCAGUGCUAGUUAAUAAGUAUAUUUUAUUGUCUUAUUUUGCAUUGAGGGCGUUCCAAGCCAUGGGUCGCUGCUGUAGUCGGACUCAGCCCUCUGGCUUUUCAUGGUUCCCAUAAAGCUUUGAGAGUCCUUGUUGGCUGCUAAGCGAAUCAUAGUCAUACUGGGCAAUUGGCUACCUGAAUAGCUUAUUCAGUCAUCCAUGGAUUGUAAAACAAUGUGAUUAACCAGCAGUGCUCAGGCCAGGAAAUGAGAGAGUUGAGAGCUGUUGCUGUGCCCUGAUGUGGGGGAUAACAUGGUAGGCUGAAUGCUCAUGUUGCUUUCUGGUGCCGUUAGUGUCCCCUCUCCUGAUUAUCCAACAACAGACCUUGUAGUUCUGUGCACAAGUACAUCGGCCUGCGGCUCAGUGUGUAGUAUGUGAUUCUGUACACAUUAUAUCCCUGUAUACCCAGUGGGGCUACUGGUCUCUCCCCAGCAUGUGCCCUUCUGUGCUUCAUAACCAAAGUAUUUAACCCCUUCUGUAGCAAUGUAGGGCAACAUGCUCUCCCAGCCAACGGUACAACUUACAUUAUUGUACAAGUGCCAUCUGUACUUGUGUGAUAGCUGUUAGUUUCUUACCCAUGUAUUCCCUAUAAAACAAAACAUAUUUUGCCUGACACUAUCUGUUUGCCCCCCCCCCAUCUCACUAAACAGUGGUCUCACCCGUGCCAACCACAUGCAAACACAUGGCAGAUAAGCACCAGUUGUACGUUUGCUAUUGGAUAAAGCCUUUUUGUUUUAUUGUCACUGUGUAAAGUGCUACUGUAUUCUGCAGCCCUCUGUACAUGAUCAGCAUACAAUGCACUUGUAUAGAGCUGCAGAUAGCACACUUGACUAGGUUUGUUGAUAUUUGUCAGCAGUUGUAACUAUAGCAACAGUGAGAGGCAGCCGCCAUGAGUUGGUAUUGAUGAUGGGGGAGAGGCGCUAAGCUCCUCUGAGUCACAUGGGGUAUUGGCCGCAUGAGACGCGAGAGGCAGGAAGUGAUGACGAUGAUCUGUCUAGAGGGACCUUUAUCUAGCUCUGUCUUGUUUCUACAGUUAGAGCAGGGGCAUUGGCUACAAGGCAUAUUCUGGUAUUACCUUCUCUCCAUUACUGAACUUCUAGAUCGUCCAAUACUCUCUACAACACCAUAACGGUGGAUCUGGGACCUGCCAAACAUUUUUUUAUUUAUUUGUUUCCAGAAAUAAAACCGUAGAACUGGACAACUUUAAGCAACUUAAAGUAUAAAUUAAACUUUCACGAUUCAGAAAGAGCAGCAAUUUUAAUCGACUUCCCAAUUUACCUAUGAUGUUUAAUGUGCUUUGUUCUCUUGGUAGCCUUUGUUGAAAAGCAUACCGAGGUAGGCUCUGGAGCAGCAAUGCUAGCUGCUGAUUGGUGGCUGCACACAUGUGCCUCUUGUCAUUGGCUCACAUUUGCUUUGUUCUUUUGGUAUCCUUUAUUGAAAAAAAAACCAUUUAGGCUGAUAGAAGCUCAGGAGCGUGCACGUGUCUUUAGCACUUUAUGGCAGCAAUGUUUGCAACUAUGUUUAACAUUGCUAUAAGCAUUCUUUCAAACACUGCUGCUAGAUUAAUAUAGAUAUGUGCACAUUCCUGAACUCACAUAGGAUUACUCUUUAACAAAUGAUGCUAAGUGAACUAAGCAAAAUCGACAAUAGACGUAAAUUGUAAAGUUGUUUAAAAUGUCAUUUAAAGGGACAUUACAGCCAAAAUAAUAGAAGCAUAUUUGUAAUACACAUCUAUUGGCAAAAAAUGCUUCUAAUAAAAGCUAUAGCUGUUUCAAUAGUGUAUUUAAGUAUGCACCAGCAUGUUAAACACAGCACUUGCUCAGAGAGACUAAAAUUCUUGUACAGUCUGGCAAUGACUCAGUUUGUUAAUUGCUGACAUGAUACAAGCCCCACUGCUGCUUUGAGCAGCUGCAGUGUUUAACCCUUUGAGUGCUAAGCACUUUCCCACCUGGGUGCUAAGAUUUUUUUAAGGUUUUUUUUAUUUUUAUUUUUUUAACCAAAUUUUUAAAGUUUUUUUUUUUUUUUUUUUUGUUUCUUCAGACCCCCAAGACUUACACCGUUGGAACGGUUAUGCGAUUACCUUUCCAAUGGUGGGUCUUGGGGUCUGUAGCUGCUUUGAUGCCUGAGAUACAGGCUUCUAAGCAGCAUGCCCCCUUGCUCCUAUAUUUAACAUUGUUAAGUAUAAAUAAAGUUGCGCGGUAACGUCGUCACGUUAUUGCGCGUGACGUCACCAUGCAAAAUGGGAAGUCACUCUACAGGCACGAUCGCCGGGGUAGGAGCAGGUGGGAGCCCCCAGAUCUUCCUCAAGGUGGGAAGAGUGCUAAUGACAGCUCUGAGCCUUCAUUAGCACCGGAGUGGAAAACUCUGACAACUCAGAGCCGUCAUUAGCACUCAAAGGGUUAAAUGUUGGUGCACUGAGAAUAUGAAUGUAAAAUGUUAUCACUAAAACAGUGAUAGCUUUUACUAGAAGCAUGUUUUACAAUAUGUGUAUAUUGCAAAUAUGUUUUUAUUCAAAGAUGUAAUUCAUUUAUGUGCAUUUUAAUUUUGACCGGAAUGUCCCUUGAAGUUUAAUUUUAACUGUCCCUUUAAUUCAGUGGCACAGAAGUCAUUAAAAUGAUGGACAUAAAAGGCACGUGUGUUCAUACCUAUAGUUUACUUAAGUGCCAAGUGUGUUAUUACUGGUGAUGGAAAAGCAAGAUAAGUUCCUCUCAUAACCAGAGUAUAAGCUACUUGCACAUAGGAUCAUUGUUUUUUUAAUCCAUUUGUAUUAUUUGCCUUUUAACCCUACGCAAUACGAUAACUUACUGCAGCCCCAGCAGAUGAUGUAUUAAUACCUUGCAGUAUAGCAGAUAAACAUCCUCAUAUUGCAUGUUGUCAUAUACUGUAUUUGUUUUAUACAUGUUUAUAACGUGUUAUAUUUCCUAUGAUACCUCAAUCUGAAUGUAUAACAAAUAAAAUAGUAAUAUAUUGUA